GCGGGGCGCAGGACGGCGUCCAGGGCCUGAAGGUGCUCGCGGAGUGUGGGAUCGAGAUUCCCGGCUCCAGGGCGGGCUGUCCGAGAGGGGCUGGCUCCGGACUGGCCGUGGCCAGCGCGAUGGGCGCCUGCGGAGCAGCAAUUUAUGGGCCAGGGAUUUUGCAAUUUGAUCACACACCGGUCGGUGAACACAAGGGGGUAAGAAAGUGGCCCACCCAGGUGGCUGUUAAGGCCAGGGCAGGCAUGCAGGAGUCAUUCCUGCAGGCCUUGGAGGUGUCGGAUGGCCAGAUCAUGGUCAACGAUGACCGCACGAGUGAGGAGAUGAUCAAGGGGAAGUGCACGAAAUGCGGCACAACACGGACACCCCAGUGGAGAGAGGGUCCUGAAGGCCCCAAGACCCUCUGCAAUGCGUGCGGGGUGAGACUGAGCAGGGAAAAGAAAACCAAAUGGGGCAAGGCCACCAGGAGGAAGAAGGCACAGCAGCAGAAGAACCCCCCUCCCUGCCUGCGGCCCUCUGUCCACCGACGCAAGCCCCUAGUCACCUCCCAGCCCCGCGUGCGUGUUCGGGCCUCUGACGUGGCACUCAUCACGCAGCUGCGCAACGUGCUGCCCAUCGCUGCUGGGGCCGGGGCUGCCUCGCCAAGUGAAGGGGACAUGGAUGCUUCCAAAUUGCUGAACCGGGACAUCAACGCUGCGGUGCAGCUGCUGUCAAUGUCGUUUGCUUCCAAGGGGGCCAAGCGGAAAGUCCCUGGAGGGAAGAGGGAGGGGGAGGUGGGAAAGUUCGAGUUUAUGAGCAGGGGGAAGGAGCGGUGUGGGGGCUUUCCCAUCGAUAAGGGGCAGGUGGCCUGGGGGGCAGUCCCUGAGGCGAGGAGGGCAGAGUUGUGGCCGAUGCGGGCACAGCUGCAGACGGCGUGGUGGCAGGUGGAGGCCGCGGAGGCGGCUGUGGCAGCAGUGGCUGAGGUUCUGGCUGCGCGGACGGCCGCUGCCAUGGAGGCCCAGCUGCGAUACCAGGAUCUCACCAAACUGUGGGAGCAGGCAGCGUCGUCGAGGGAGCCAGACGAUGGGCAGCAUUGCAAGUGGCGAAAGACAGAGCACGCUGCUCAAGACGUCUGA